AUGUCGUUCUUUGGAUUCAAUAACGGCCAUAACACGGCGGCCACUGGCUUUUCACAGGCCCACAAUCCCUUCCAAGGCCUUUCUGGCCGAGACGACGAUGGCGAUGCUUUGGAGUUUGAAGACACCUAUGACGGGCUUGGAGAUCAGCUCGAAGAAACCAAGGACGCCUACAACGAUGAUACUUUCGGGGAUACUAGUGACAUAGCUGCCGCGCCUGUUGGCAAGGAUUUUGAUUUCUUCUCGCAAACUGCCAAGGUUCAGAAUGCCAUCGAGGAGGAACAUUAUCUUUUCAACCGUCAACAGCCGCCGGCCCGGUCCGCCCAGCCUGCCCAGCCUGUCCAGCAGAUGUCUUACGGUCAGCCGUCUCUUCAAAGCGCAGCCUCGUACGGCUAUACAUCUCAGGGCCACUAUCGCACCGGCUACGAGAAGUAUUCAAAUGACAAGUACAACAACAACGAGCCGGUUCCCGAAUUGCAGGUCGAUGCCUCUCUCUGGGGUGUGGCGCCGAAGAAGCCGGCACAGCCUGCCCCUCAGGUCUCCCAGCAGGCUGCCCAGUCGAGUUCCGCGCCCAGUCGCAAGAUUCUAAGCCUGGAGGAAGUCGAGGCUCAAAUGAAGGCUCAGGCCCAGGCCAAGGCUGCCCAAGCUACACCAUCUCCGGCUCCUCAUGCUCAAGGCCCUUCGCAAAUCCCUUAUGACCCGGCCAUUCAAUUUGCUCAACCGGCUCAGCAACAAUUUGUUCCCCCGGUUGAUCAUACCAGACAAGCUCUCCCGAUUCACGUACUGCAAAGACCUCAGUCCACCCAAGCGCCUUCGCCCCAGCCCCCGGUCCAACCUGCUGCUCAUCAACGGCAACCGUCAUCGACUUCUGUUCAGCCAACUCAAAUCUUGCAGAAUCCGAAUCGUCUCUCUGGAGAUGCCGCUAGAAUGGGGAUGCAGCAGCAUCCCACGCCUCCGGUACCAGGGCCUUCUGCCCCCCCAACUCAACCCGCCCAUAGACAGCAGGGUUCUUUCGGGAGACAGCCCAACAUCAUAACGCAUCCAUCCCAGGUGUCCCAGCUUACCGAAGAGCAAAGGGCCGCCUACAUGGAACAGGAGGCUAAGCGCGCUAAACGGAACCACAAGAUCUACCUGAUGUCUCGUGACAACGGUGUCAUGACACCCCAGGACAAAAGCUUCGUCACACGCAUUCAGCUUCAGCAGCUUGUUGCCGCCACUGGCAACCCGAACGAGCACGGGACUGAUGAGUCGCUUACCGAAGAUUUUUACUAUCAAGUUCAUAGCUCGCUUCAGGGCGGUCAAAGGCAACACCCCAACCAGCCGCUCAACAACUUUGCACAGACCUAUCUUUUCCAGACUGGCAACAGGUCGGGUCACAUGCGUCGCCACCGAGGCCCUGAGAAUCAUAUGCAGCGUAUGGAACAGCAGGUCCAGCGAGCUGUUGAAGCUGCCAAGAACAAGCCCAAGAACAAGCAACUCGUCAUCGAGGGAAGUCUGGGCAAAAUUUCAUUCAGCAACGCCAAGACACCCAAGCCGCUGCUUAACAUCAAGCGCACAGAGAGCACCGAUGAUGCCAACCGUCCUAGCAGUGCGCACAAGGUCGUCAGUGCCGGCGAUCGUAAGAGUGAUCUGCGCACCAUUGAACGCAUCUAUACCAUACUCAUGAAGAUGGAAGACCACGACCGCGUCCUGCCACCUCCCCCUACAAGCGACACCGAUGUUGAAGGUCACCAGCGGGGCAUGCGUUGGAGCAACGAAGCCCAAGCCCUGAACCAGGAUCUGUGGUCCGCGCUGAGAGUCUACGAUGAACCUCAACCGGGACACCCCCAUCCUUUUGUUGCGCUUCUGUCAUAUAACAAGGGUAUGAAGGCUAUGAACAGGAUCUUCCGCCAUCUCAGCCAGGAGCAGCGCACCACCAUUCUCACCUUGGUUAUCGUCAAUCUUGACAAGCUUGAUGUUGUUGUCAACGCCCAGGUGACGUCCGCCGCGGUCCAGCUGACAGCUGCAAUGCGCGAGAAUAUUCACAUUUUCUCCAACGCCGUCAUGAAUACGCUCUUCAACUUCUUGAACGAGCUCGAUCUUGACAUCGUUGCCGGUCUGUUGUCUAUUCUUUCCAAGCAACGAUUGGACAUUAUUGCAAAGAGUCGCAUCGGAGCUUCCAUGAUCACCAUGAUCCUGAGCCGCGCCGAAAUUAUUAAGGUUAAUGUUGGAAACACUCAUCCAUCCUGGCAGGCUUGGGACAUGUGUCACACUGACUUUUUCGAUCGUCUCGAACCUACGCUUCCCUAUAUGUUCCCUGGCUCUGUGAACACAGCCGAUGACAUUUACGUAUGGCAACUGCUCGCGGCGCUUGGCAUAGGAGCUAGCCCAGAGCAGCAGCAGAGGCUUGUACUUGCUGUCAAGGACCGCGUCAUGGACACGGUCGCUUUGUCAAAGACACUCCCCGCAGACAUGGGCGCCCAGCGUCUCCAGAAUGUGAACCUCUUCAUGCGCAGCAUUGGGUUGGAUGUCGAGCUUCUACAGUAA